AUGAUUUGUUAUCGCAUUAAGCUUCCGAUAGUCGAUAUAGAUUCGGAGGAAGCCAUUUUCCUUCUUGACGAGGGUGACCAGUGCGGCCGUGGGAAGGGUGAUAGGUGGUUUUUCAUGUCCGCUGUUCAGUCUGGUGAUCUGGACGAUUUGCAAGUGGUUGGGUUCAAAUGCUCUCUUUUCAAUGAUCCUGAAAAGAGCUUGGAAGUUAAUAACGGCAAACUGUUGGUCCCCUGGGGAAAUGAUAGGAGUCUCAUAAUUGAUCGGUUUGAUUGUCGCGGAUACUUACAGAAUGUGAGCGAAUACGACGCGGAUAAUAUUGUGCGAAGGGUGAGGUCCCAAACUUCCGAAGACGUGGCGCUUGAAGAAAUGUGCGACUACGAGCGUUACCUCGAAUUGCGGACCGACAUUCACGAAAUGGCAAUUCUGCAGGGUGAGUGUCCUGCUGUCGCUUUUGAGGGUUUCCUUCAUGCCCGAUCACUUCAUUUCUUCGUCAUUCUCUUCGACACGGAGGAGGUGGCAAAGCGAGAAGUGGAGUCGUCCAAAAGUUCCUACUCUGCAGUUGGUUUCUCUUACGAAGAAACUAAACCAGAAAGCGAGAAGUCGCCAAAGGAAUUGGAAAGUUCUGACAUAAAGGAAGCUGGUAACAAAUCUGAUAAAAACCCAAUUCCUAAGGAACAAGAUGAUGAGCCCUACGUAUGUCCGCCGGAUUUGGUUCUUCCUCUGGGUACGACUUUACCAGAUUUUGAAAGACAAGCAGCAAUUAUUGAGAAGACGGCCUUAUUUAUCGCUCGAAACAACGUUCAAAUGGAGAUUGUUCUUAAAACAAAGCAGGCAGGCAACCCACAAUUUAACUUCCUUAACUACGACGACAAGCUGAAUCCCUUCUACAAGGAGAUGGUGCGACUCAUAAAGAUUGGUCGCUACAUACCCCGACGGAGGCCUACUGUGGACACAUCUGAAUCAUCAAAAGACGCAAGCAAUCCGACGCUGGAAAUUGACGAGCCAUACGAGUUAAAACUGCCGAAAGUUGAUAUCUCAACGACUGCGUAUGCUUCUCUUAUUAAUCGGUUUAAGAAAUCUGCGAGUGAGAAGUUAAAUGGCACUCCCAAAUCCACCGCCGAAUCGCUUCAGGGUAGCGCGCCCCCAUCACCCGCCUCUCUGAAGGAAACUUCCGAAACUGCAGCUCCUGGUGAUGGUGCUGACAAGGUUGGAGUGAAUCAGCCUCCUGAAAUGCCUGUCAUGUCGGAAGCCGACUAUGAGCGUUGCUACCAGGAAUACUAUCGAUACUACUAUUCGCAUUACUAUUUACACUUUACAAACAGUGAAGCCACAGAAGCCACAGACGAGGCAUGGUUAGUGUCGGAGUCUGCUCGGGCAGCUGCCACUGCCGCAUCAGCCGCUGUCAAUGCAAUGCGACAAUCUCAUCUUCCCUUCAAUUCGUGUACGACAUCCCCGUCGUCUGAAGUGCGUGGAAUAAUUGACAAAAUGGCAGAAUAUGUGGCUCGCAAUGGAGAAGAAUUUCAAGAGGUGGUUAGGAAACAGAAACAAAAUGAUUCGCGAUUCGCAUUUCUACAAUCUGGGCACUUGUUUCACGAGUAUUACCUUGCUAAGAAAAAGGAAUUUAUUGCCGCAAUGGCCAAAAAUAAAGACGAAACUGGGACAGAGUCACCAAGUCUUGAAAACGGCCGAGAUUCCAAGACGCCGACGCCCAAAGAGGAGAAAAAUGGCACAACCAAGCCUCGGGUCAAAGGUAUCUCCUUCCGUCUAACCAAAUCGGCUAGUUCAAGUCGUCUCAAGGGCAUGGAAGAGUCCAGCCCCUCACCAAAUGCAACCGGUGAUGAGCCGCCUUGCUUGCGAGCGUCUGCCUCCUGCAAUGUGCUACCCGGAAUGAGCAACUACUCCUCCGAGACCGAAAGUGAAAGCGAAGAAGAGAAAGUCUCACCUCAACCCUCGCCCUCAUUAAGGCCACGGGACGAAGAGACGACGGAACGGACAUCAGCAUUGCCUGUGGAAGUUCCAACUGUCAGCUUUUCCACAAGUCCUCGAGUCCCAGCACCUGUUUCCCCGUCCUCAAGAAAGUCUCCCACACCACCCCCUCCAUCAAAGCAGGAAGCACCGAUAAACCCCCGUCCCACAGCAACCAACACUCCUCCCUUAACCUCUUCCACCCUCACUUCGGAGGAAAUUGCGCGCGACAUACAGUCGAUGGAGGAACAGGCCCGUCUGCAGUUGGAGCGACGCAAGCGAGCUGCCUUGUUUGCGGCGAAACUCCAGCAGGCUAAGUUGCUGCAAGCAGAACGCGAAGCGGAAGAGGAAAGGAGGAGGAGGGCAUUAGCAGCCGUUCCACCACCGCCUCUACCGCCAACGGCGACUGCUGCACCGCCUCCUCCACCAUCGUCGGUGCCAGCGGCUGUGGCACACGCCGUCGUUGCGCAACUCAAGACACAACGGGAGAAGGCACUGGAGGCUGCCGCUGCCGACAGUAGCAAAAAGGUGAACUAUGUGACUCUUUUACACAUGGAAGAUCAAAAAGAAGUCCCCCAGCCGCCUACACCAAGCGGCGACGACGCUCCUCAAGGUCUUCCCCGCACGACCGCAUCGGCGGUAGUUCAAGCAGUCGCAGUCGCAGACGACGCUCCCGGUCCACUUCCCAUGAAAGGGAGCGGGGCCACAGCAAAAAGCGUCAGUACAGGAAAAGCAGCCAAUAUCCUUGAUCUCGAUUACUCUCAUUAG